GCUGCCAAUCGGCUCGCUACCACCACACACAACUCGCAGCUCCCUCACACAGCUUCUUCUUUCUACUACUCGCUACCACCUCCUCCUCUGCAGAUCUUUAGCCAAGGUCUUUCGCCGAUCACCGCCAGCACCAACCUGAUGGCCCGCUUCGCCGUCGUCGCCGCCAUCGUGGCGCUCCUGGCCGUCACCGCCGCCGCGCAGGCCCCCGGAGCGGCGCCUAGGAUGGCCCCUCUCCCCGCACCGCCGGCGAGGUCCCCAGCCACCGCCCCUGCGCCGGUCGCCACGCCACCCACCGCAGCGUCGCCGUCUCCGAUGGCAUCUCCCCCGGCCCCGCCCACCGACGCCCCGACGGACGCUCCCUCCGCGAUGACCCCCUCCGCGGUCUCCGGCGCACCAGCGGGCUCACCUGCCGGUGCACCCAGCGGCACCCCCGCGAGCUCCGCCGUCUACACGUCGACCGUCAGCUUCGUCGCCGUCGCCGGCGCGGUCGCCGCUGCCAUCUUGUUCUAGAUGGAGCGAGACUCUGCUCUAGGUGCUCUGUUUUCGCGCUGUUUAUACUGCGAGAUUCUUUCCACGAUUCUUUGUUGGCUAUACCAUGCGAUGUAAUACUCUUGUUAUACGGACGCAUGUGAGAUUAUGAUGAAUACAAAUUCGUUUAUUCUUUA